CCCUUGCAAACUCUUCUCAAUGACAACAACUCUUCACCUUCACGACGCCCUUCCCCUUGCCUAUAAAUUCAGCGAGUGGCUAAUCUCAAUGCCAUCACUUCAUCAGCUCAUCAACCACCAAGUGAGCAUAACAACACCCAUACCUCACUUCUGUAGAAACUCAAAAGCAAGACCAGAACCAACCAUGGUCAGCGCCAAGAGACUUGCUCAAUUGGCAAAGAAGUGGCAGAGGAUGGCGGCACUUGGGAGGAAGAGGGUCACAGCGACAAUCAAAGAAGAUGAAGAAUCAUGUUCCUCAGUAGCGGUCAAGGGCCACUGCAUCAUGUACUCGGCUGACGGGAAGCGUUUCGAGGUGCCAUUGGUGUACCUCAGCACAACUGUCUUUAGCGAGCUCCUGAGGAUGUCCCAGGAGGAGUUUGGCUUUGCAAGUGAUGGCAAGAUCACACUGCCUUGUGAUGCCACAGUGAUGGACUAUGCCAUGUGUUUGCUCGGCAGAAAUGCAUCUGCGGAAGUCGAGAAGGCCUUGCUGAGCUCAAUGGUGACAUCUUGCCACUACAGUGUUUCUGUGAUGCCAACUGCUGGAGCCAGACAGCAAAUUUGCUGUUAGUAAACCCUGAAAAACACACAGACCAUGUUGUUGUAUUCUGUUUGUUGUAGUUUAUACCUGGAUAGUGUUAGAGAGUUAGAUAGUUAGAUAAUAGGCAGUAGGAAAAGGAACAUGUUAUGUAAAAGCCUUUUGAUCAUGCAAGCAACUGGUACAUGGUCAA